UGAAUCCGGGAAGCAGCAGUGACCGACUGUGUGUCGUGUGCUUCAAGCUGACCGAAACAUCGUCUGAAUAAAACACUCCGCAAGUCCCUCCGAGAUGUUUCUUUCAUUAAACACAUUGCCAAAGUGUUUGUUAAAAACACGGAGGACACAUUCAAAUAUUCACCACUGUUAAUACACAACAUUUACAUGAAAAGUACACGCAACCUUGUCCAUUACCGUGCACACGCCGUGGAUUUGAUCGGACGGUGUUAAAAUAAAUGUUCACUUGUAGCAAUCUUCGGUCUCUAAAUAAAGCUCAGUACCUCUACAAUAUGCAUACGUUGGUUUUACUCGACUAAAUUACUUAACAACCUCAAUUUCACUCAAAAUAUGAGAGGAGAAAACACAAGCGCGAGCUGCUCACGCAGGAGCACAGACACGGAGCAGCGCUGGUUGAGUCUACACGGUUCUCAUGCUGUGGUUAAAUGCGCAGCGCCGCAGCAGCGGCUCAUUCGUUCUUUGUUGUUUACAGUCCAGAUCAGUUCAGAGAGAUCAUGGCAGAAACCGCUCCAGCAGCUACCGCGACCAAAGCGGCCAAGAAGAAAGCAGCAGCUAAACGCAAGAGAACGGGUCCGAGCGUCGGCGAGCGCAUCGUGAAGGCGGUGUCCGCGUCUAAGGAGAGGAGCGGUGUGUCUCUCGCCGCGCUGAAGAAAGCGCUGGCUGCCGGAGGCUACGAUGUGGAGAAGAACAACUCCCGCGUCAAGAUCGCCGUCAAGAGUCUGGUGACUAAAGGCACCCUGGUCCAGACCAAAGGAGUCGGCGCCUCCGGCUCGUUCAAGCUCAACAAGAAACAAGCCGAGACCAAGACAAAACCCGCCAAGAAAGCCGCUCCUAAAGCCAAGAAGCCCGCGGCAAAGAAGCCCGCCGCCAAGAAACCUGCCGCCGCGAAGAAGAAGCCCAAGACCGCAGCCGCGAAGAAGAAGCCCGCCGCCAAGAAAUCCCCGAAGAAGGCCAAGAAACCCGCGGCUAAAAAGGCAACGAAGAGCCCCAAGAAAGCAAAGAAACCAGCGACUCCGAAGAAAGCAGCCAAGAGCCCUAAAAAGGCCAAAGCAGCCAAACCCAAAACGGCGAAACCCAGAGCUGCCAAGCCCAAGAAGACCGCGGCCAGAAAGAAAUAAACUCCUCUUUUCUG